AUGUCGAAGUUUGCUGGUCUGCUCGUGAUUUGUGCUGUAAUCCUUGUCACCCACAUGAUCGUGCUCGCAUUUCCAGCCGUUGAGGCUGCUUCAAGCGGUGGAGACCACGGUCUCGGAUGGCUUUCAACCACUACCUCCACCGUCGGCAGCCGCUGCCGUGGAUCUAUGGCGGAAUGUCUCGCUGAAGGCGCAGAUCUGGAAAUUGACGACAUGAUGGACAGCGAAACCAACCGGCGCAUUUUAGCAACCAACAAUCGUUACAUCAGCUAUGGUUCAUUGAGCAAGAACAACGUUCCUUGCUCCAGGCGAGGCGCGUCGUACUACAACUGCCGUUCCGGAGGUCAGGCUAACCCUUACACCCGUGGUUGCAGCGCUAUCACCCGUUGCCGCCGUUGA